AAUACCAAAGAUGAUAAAAAUAAUGACAAUAAUUGCACCAAACGCUAAUGGGGCACCUACUGUGGGCCAGGCUCUGUUCUAAGCACUCAACACGAAACGGCUCAUUUACUUCUCAAGGCAGGACUAAUGUCACACUAUUUCACAGGCAAGGAAACCGAGGCACUUGCCCACAGUCAUUCAGGGAGAUAAAUGGCAGUUAGCAUUGAUCUGGGGCAUGUGUGGGUUCUAGAGUUGGGCUGUGUGGCCUCAGGAGAGUCUCGCCACCUGCACUCAUUCCCCCAGCUCUCAACCAGGCCAGCAAAGGCCCUGGCAUUGCAGGCUUGUGGGAAGGGUAUGAGACCAGCUACCAUAAUGGCAAUGGAACAACUCUGAGCAAACCAGUGGCACUCAUAAAGGCCUCACUAUUAUUACUGUUGUUGUUGUGCUAUCCGCUGGUGGGGAAACCAAAGCUUAGAGCCUCAGGGUCCCCUAGCUAGGCCUGGGCCUGACCUCUCCCAGUGGCCCUGGCCCACGCCUGGCCCUGAGCCCCAGCCAGCGUGAUCCCAGCAUGACCCAGCUGGACAAUUCGCCUGAUGCAACAGUCUUACCACCUCUAGGCCCUUGCAUAACGCAGGGCACCCACCUGGCUAAUGAUUGACCAGGGUAAAGGGGGUGUUAGGGGAUAAAAGGCAGUGGCUCUGGGAUUGCACCCCCAGCCCCUCAGCCAUGCCCAUGCUUGCACUGUGUCUGCUAUGUGCCCUGCUGACGGGGGUCCAGCUUGCCUCUGUGGCCCCCGUCGGCAGCCUAGAGCCAGCAGAGAAUGAGGAGCUGACCCUGCUCUUCCACGGGGCUCUGCAGCUGGGCCAGGCCCUCAAUGGUGUGUACAGGACCAUGGAAGCACAGCUGAUGGAGGCCAGGAGUAGCCUAGGCAUCUAUGGCCACGCACUGGGGCUUCUGGGGCAGGAAGUCAGCCAGGGCCGGGAUGCGGCCCAGGAGCUACGUGCAAGCUUGUUGGAGAUACAGAUGGAUGGAGACGCUCUAAAGAUGCAGACAGAAGCCAUGGCCCGGGUGCUGGGGGAGGUGGCCCAGGGACAGCAAGAGCUUCAGGACAGCACGCAGCAGCUAGAAGUCCAGCUGAGAAGUGCCUGGCUGAGCCACGCCCACCAAAAAUUUGAGGUUUUAAAGGCCCAUGCUGACAAGCAGAGCCACGUCGUGUGGGCCCUCACAGGCCACCUGCAGCGACAGAGGCAGGAGAUGGUGGCACAGCAGCACCGGCUGCGACAGAUCCAGGAGAGACUGCACAGAGCGGCGCUCCCAGCCUGAGCCCGCCUGGAGGAACUGAGGACCAGCCA